AAGAAAGAAAUAUACGAAAACAGGGAAGAGAACACAAGAAAAACUUCCAUCCUAAAAUUCUGUGUGCCGUUGCUCACAGAUCAGCUGCCGAUCUUCGCAUCUCCUCACUCUUCGUCAAGGUACUUCUCUCUCUCUCUCUCUCAGUUUCUUCUCUCUCUACGAAUUUGAGCUAUGCUCAACACUGGUAUAGCUUCAGCAAUCUCACUAAGAAGUAGAGGAUCCCUUUCAUUCACCACGACUGACUACUCACAUUGCUCAAAUGGACGAAGCCCUUUUGACUAUUCAUCGCUCACGCCUUGUUGUUCUUGCUGUUGUACUUCAUCAUAUGCAGUACCCAUUUGCCCCAAUUAUGGCUAUAAUUUAUACGGGCUUAAGCAAUCCUCUUUGAUCCAAUGGUCUUGUUACAGGCGACCGAUUUCAAAUGGAUUUGAUUAUUAUGCUAGGUUACCAGCUUGUGACAUUGAUAGAACAUGUUAUUGUGAUAAAGUUUCCAACUUUAGAGAGACAAGUGUGGGUAGGAAAAGAGGGGAAUUGCGAAAAUGUUUCGUGUAUGAGGAAAGGAGUGAAAUUUAUAAUCUUGGGGGUGUCGACGAGGCCGAGGCUAUACUUAGCCUGUUGGCUGAGGACAUCGGGGAGGAGUGCUUUCUUGAAACGAAGGAGACUCGAAGACUAGUAAGGAAACCGGUGGUGGAGAAAAGAAAGAAUGGUAGUGUAUGUCAGGAGUGUGGGAGUAAGAAGGAUAUAGUAGAGCAGGGUGUUUCCGAGAGUGGGCGUGGGCCGAUGGUUAGUUCAAGGAAGGAUGAUAGUAGGAGGAGGAAGGAAAUGAUUCAAAGUGAAGAAAAUAAACAAGCAAUUUUAAGGGAAGAACAUGAGUGCUCUUCAUUGAAGAAUCGAAGGGAAGAAAGAGAGAAAGAAGAGAGGGAGGCCUUGUUGAGAAAAGCCAGCCAAAAAUCUGUAGAUAAACAAGAUAGGGAAUUGAUGAGAAGGAAGAAUUUGAAACUGAGGUCAAGGACAGAAGAUAAGGAAGAGUUGUUGAGGAGAGAGCAUAGGCAGGUGGUGAGGGAGGAUAGUUCAAGGAGAGACGAGAAGGAAGAGUUAUUGAGGAGAGAGGAGCAUAUGCAGAAGGUGAGGAAAGAUGGAUCGAGUUGUUCCUCAUAUUACUCGUUGUCUUCAAAUGGAGACUAUGACACUGCCGAUGAAGUUGAGCUUAUCUCGUCAACUGGUCAGAAGAGUUAUUCAAGGAAUAAUGAACUAGUUUACCAGGAUACCGGGGAAGAGGGGCAUGAGGGUUACAGAGAAGACCAUGGGUCUAGUUUGGCAAAUAGGAGUUCAUCAAAGGAAUUCAAUACUGGAUUAGGUGUUGUUGAGUGCGACUUCAGAAAGAAAUCAGAGAAAAGACUAGCUGAUAUAUCUGUGGAAGAGAUUGAGUCGAGAACAGAAACCUCACUUAAGGAAUCAAAAUCUACAAUUUCUCAUGAACGUACUCAUGAAAAGUCUUCUAACUAUGUCGGCUGUGAUGAUAGGAAGGAAAAGUCAACUGAAAGCACGAAAUUUGAAGAAGAGAGGACACAACAGCAAAGAGGUGGUGAAGUUUUGAGGCAAUCUGAAACCAUGCUGAAGUAUAAGCAGUUUGUCGGAAGUCAGGAUAUCCGCAGUGGAAAUGUUGUAGACUCUACUGGCUCUCAAAAAGUAUACACUGGAAAGGGUGAGAUCUCUGCUAAAGUUGCCGCUUUAAUUCAGGGACGUAGUUCCAGAGAGGAUGAGUAUCGUAGGAAUUCAAGUAAGAGUUCUGAAGUAUCAGACAUCCAAGAGAUUGAUAUUAGAAAGACUUCCAUUUCUCAGCAAAGUUUUGAAACUAAUGUUAAGAGGGAUGACUACUCAACCACUAUCCAUGGUUCUGUUGAUAAUGCAGUGCAUCAGCAACAAAAUGAUCGAGUAAGUGGUCAGGUGGAAUUUAGGGGAAAAUCCCAUCAAUUAAUCAAAAAUGAUGGUGAGUCGAUUUCAAGAAGGCAAACAAAUGAAUUUGCAAAGCUAGAAGAGAAUGUGGGUAGUUCUAGAAAUGAAUUCGAUGAACUGAACAAAGUAAUAGUCGCUAACUCUGGAAAUACUGGUGCCACUUUGGUGGAGCAUAGAAAUAAAAAUAAAUCAGAGACACCAGUAAGACCUCCACAAGAUUUAUCAGAGAUAGGUACGUUAUCUCUGGGAUCAACAGCUGGGAUUGCUACUGAUGAUACUAAUGGUGGAAGUUUACAACUCGAAUCAACUAUUUUACCUGGAAUUAAUGUACAGGGAUCUUUAGUGGUUCAUCCUGAAGCAUACGGUGGGGACAAAACCAACAGUUCUCAUGGCCAGUCUUCGAGAUUCAUCUCAGAUGAAGAUGCAAUUGGAUCUGCUGCCCGAUUAGAGAAAUCCUCAACACGCUACGUUGGUGAGUUUGUUGAACGGGUAAGGAGUGAAAUUUUGAGUUCUGAUAUUCAAAGGGAGAAGGAAACUUAUACAACUAAGAUUUUGCAUGGGGAGAGUUCUGGAGAUCCUCACUCAAUUGACCACAACUUAGUAAGUGAUAAUCAGCCGUCUGGAACAAAGGGGCCUUCGGAUGAAAUGUGGAAUGUAGAUGAAAAGUCAACUCAGGAGCCCUCAAAAGCAGAAGUCCAAGAUAAUGCAAGCAAAGAUAGUGAUGUCAUUGUCAAGAGAACAGGGAGGUCCUUAUGGAAUACCAUUGGAGAUAUUGUUCGAUUUCGGUGGUUGGCACAUUCUGAUAGUCAUGACUCAGGCAGGAAAACUGGUGGAAGAAGUUCACCAAAUCAGUCUACGAGCAGCGAGAGGUGGUUUUCUGGACAUGAAGCUGAGGAAAAUGAAGAGGUGGUUGAAGAUAAGGUGGGGGGAAGUUCCACACUCGGUUUAUCUGGCAGGCAUCAACAAGGUAAAACAGGUUCCCAAGUUGACAAAAGUUUUAGCUCAUCAACUUUAGAGGGCCAUCUUGGGCAAGCAGGAAUGAAUGCCCCCUCUUCCUCAGUUACUCAAGAAAGGAGUUCGCUACAAGCCAGCAUUUCUUUGCCUACUGGUGGAGAAAUUUCUGGAGAUACAUCCUCUGCUGUUAUAAUUGACUCCUCAAUUCCUUUGCCUGCAUUAAGGCUGCAGAGAUCUCCUGCAGUGCGAGGGGUUCCAGAGGCAGGAGAAGCACGUGCAUCUAGUGGUAGGAGUGAGCAAAUAGAUACUGGACUAGUGGAGCAAAAAGAGUCAGUGGUUGAUGAGAGGGAGGUGAAACGAAAGAAACUUCAGAGGAAAGACCAAGUUGUUAGAGAUAGAUUUGAUGAAUGGGAAGAAGCGUAUAGGCUUGAAGCAGAGCAGCGGAAAAUUGAUGAAGUGUUUAUGAGAGAAGCAUUGUUGGAAGCCCAAAAGGCUGCUGACAACUGGGAGGUACCUGUGGGAGCUGUUCUAGUGCACAGUGGAAAGAUAAUCGCUCGUGGGUGCAAUCUGGUGGAACAGCUGCGUGACUCUACUGCCCAUGCAGAGAUUAUAUGCAUAAGGGAAGCUUCAAACAUGCUUCGGACCUGGAGGCUUUCUGAAACUACUCUGUAUGUAACACUUGAACCAUGUCCCAUGUGUGCUGGAGCUAUACUUCAAGCUAGAAUAGACACUCUUGUUUGGGGUGCUCCUAACAAACUUCUUGGAGCUGAUGGCAGCUGGAUUAGGCUCUUCCCCGGUGAUGGAGGAAACAGCGCGGAACCAACUGACAAACCACCAGCUCCAGUUCACCCAUUCCACCCUAAGAUGAGUAUUAGGAGGGGAGUGCUUGCGUCAGAAUGCUCAGACGCUAUGCAGCAGUUCUUCAAGCGAAGGAGAAAGCAGGAGAAGAAAGCUGAUGCUCCGAAACCACCUUCAUGCCUUCCCAUUUCGAGCCGUCCCUCCAAUUUCAUGGCCAAGAUGCACGACACCUUCAGCAUAAUGUUUUGUCUCUAACAGAAACAGCAUUCUGUCCCCUUGCUCCAAAAUCACGCUCAAAACCGAAAAGCUCGACAUUCUGAGAUGAGCAGAUUUCUCCUUCACGAGCUUCUUCAUAUUGUUGCCAUGUAGUUGUAGUUUGGCACCUAACGGUUCUUGUUAUUGAGAAUUGUAUCGUCGUUGUCGUCAUCGUCGUCGUCAUCAUCAUCUCUCUCUCUCUCAUCCAACAUAAUGCAUUUGAGUUGAGAUAUCAUUUUCUUGUCAACUUGUCUCAGCCAUGUAAGGUUCAUGUUUUUUCCAUGCAAAUCAUGGAUGGUUUCUUUCCUGCAAAAAAAAAUAGAUAUCCUGUCGUCAUUAUUACAUCCAACUCAUAUAAUCUCAGAGUCUUGAACAUUAAUUGUAUGAAUGGAUUGAGACAUAAUACCGAAAUCGGGUGGUUUGUUCUAAUCAGAUUUCACAUGAAA